CAGUCAACCAACAAUGUAGACGAAACGAGAAACUUUAACCGUUUUUACGAGCAGGUUUUGCGUGGAUAUAUUCGUGUAACAGUCGAUUUGGUCAUGUUGGAGUAGUUACACACGGAUAUUCCUUAAAAGGUAGUUUACGAGGCUGCGUUAUUUUUUUUUUUUUUAAUAAAAAAAAAAAAGAAAAAGUUUUGCAGGCUUAGCUGGAAUCACAAAAGAACUUAGCUGGGUGUUAGCUAAGCAUUAAGAGAGCUAGCAUUAACGGCACGGAUAUCUCCAGAGAUACAGCAGAUUUGUAUGGAAACGGCUUAGGAGUCGAUAGUUGAAGGAACCCUGGAGUUAAAAACCUGGAAAGUUUAGAGUUUUGGUUAACAAAGUGACAGAAAUACUCGGCUCUCUUCCUCCUCCUCUUCCUCCUUGUUGUGAGCUCGUGAGCUCGGGAUGUCGUCUCGCGGCGGUUUACAGCCUCUCCGAGCUACAGUUCCCUUUCAACUACACAACAACAGCACCAGCACCACCAGCACCACCAAAACCCCAGCGCAGAGAUGGAGAGAGGCCAAACCGGUUGAAUCCAAGACAAAGUCUCGUCCCCCGAAGCCGACUCUGAGACGGACACUUUCCUUGGACACGCUAGUGGGGCCGUACCUGCAGGGCCAGUGGCCCAAACAGCCAGAGAGCCAGACUGUAACCUGUGUCAAUGACAAAGCCACGCAGACUCCCAGUUCGUGGACUGAGGAAACACGGGGGAGAAGAGGUGGAGUGGGGCACAAGCGCUCGGCAUCAUGGGGCAGCGCUGAGCACCUCAGAGAGGUUGCUAAGCUGAGGCACUCGCUACAGAAGCGCUCCAGACAUGCACCUCCUCCCGCUGGCUAUGAGCGCCUUCAUCAGCCCUCGCCUACUAUCCAUACACACAUGCCUGGAGCCACACAGACCAUCCCUCUGUUGCCACUAAGCAGGCUGGCUCCCAGACUACGGCGCAGUGUAGAGGGGCUUAACCUGGAGCUGGAGGGGGUCUUUGUGUCUGAAACAGCAGAGGAACAGCACAAGAUUCUGGAUGUGCCAGAUGGUCACAGAGCACCUGUUCCAGUGCAGAGGUGCAGCAGCGGCUCUCAGAGUGACCUUUCCCCUGGUCUCCUCUCCCCCUCACAGUCACCCUGCCCUAUAGAAGAGUCCGGUAUGGUAGUGUGUGGGCCACUGGAUCCCUCUCUUUCGCCUCCUUUACAUGUGAUUGACGCAUCAUCCUCAUCCCCCCUCCCCAACAAGACCUACGCCUUCCAGAGAGAGCCUCCAGAAGGCUGUGAGAGAGUGCGUGUGUGUGAGGAAGCCUUUUCUCCAUGCCAUGCUCAGCCUUCCUGCCCCGACCCAAACAAAGUGAACUUCACUCCUCACGGAGGCUCUGCCUUCUGUCCUGUCAGUAUUCUUAAGCCACUUCUCCCCUCCAUGGACCUGCUGUUUCGAGGCCUGUCAGUCUCACCUGUGACUGGCUGCUCGGGCCAAAACCCUGCGCCCUGUCUGUCAACAGCACAUCCAGUGAGUGGAUACCUGAGUGGGCCCCUCCCAGACUCUACCACCUCCUCCAUUUAAAAAGAUGUUGGAUACGAGAUGGCAACAAGGAGGAAGUGGUAAACAAAAGAGCAAUGGACUGAGGUUUUGUGCCAUCUCAUCAUAGAACUGACCAAGUAAUGGCUUACCAGUAGUCGUAGCAAGCACUAAGUGUUUUAGACUUAAUCAGGAGAUAUGCGAGAACAAGGAAAAACAAACUCUUACCAAAGUACAGUAGGAAAAGCUCCGUCACGCUCAGGACAAACCUUCAGAUUUCAUUUGUGAACAUACACUCAAACCACAUAGGAAAUUAAUGCUGAAUAUUCUCGGUUCUAUCUUGGUUGAAAUAAUGGCUCGUUCCCUUAAGCUGCUUUUAAUAAGGCUUAGUGGAUUUUGAACCUCCACUUACGGAGCAUACAGAGACUCCUAGUGAUGACAACCUUGAUUCAAAGGAAAAGACAUUGUGUCUCACAUACUGACUUUUCUAAUACAGACAUUCAUUUUGCUCCACUUGGCCCUCCCUGUACUUGACUGUGGAGUAGACAACUGACAAGAUCCCCCCAAAAUGGGUUCAUUUACUUCAGUCCACUAAAUUUGUUUUACACCACAGAGCCGACAAUCCUAUUAUUUAUUAUUCCAAGUCACCCUUGAGCUUUUUAGCUUCACAGUUAUUACUUAGCAUUGAAGUACAAUACAAAUUAUAUGCGUGCCCUCUUGUUUAAUUGGCCAAAUAACAAACUGUCAAAUGUCAUAAACCUGUAUGGAGUUGAACAGUUAGGUUUACUUUACUAAAUGAUGUUGAAAUCUCUUGAUUGAGCAUUCGCGAUGAUUUAUGAGCAAUUUUUUUUUUUUUAAACAUAAGUAUACAAUGUCAUCUUUGAUACUAUCCAGAAAGAGCUGACAUACAUGGAUUUGAAUAAAAACAAUUCUGUAUAGUAUUCAUCUGAACAAACGAAAUACUUUCAUUCAAAAUGGAAAGUAGAAAAAGGCACUGAUUUCUUGCAUAAUACCUUGUAUUUUUUUUUUUUAAACUGUAUUUUUGAUAUUCAGAAAGAAUAUUUUCUUCGGUUUGUCUAUUUUCCAUGUAUGAAAAAGACUUAACUCUUGUGCAUUUAUCAAGAUAAAUAUCUACAUUAGAAUGUAGCAAGUACAAGCGUGUUUGUAUUAUAGCACUAAACACAGUCAGUGGGAAUUCAGCUCUGUGUUCAUUACACAGUAUGUUGGAGUUGUUGGUUUUUGGUUUUUUGUGUUUUGUUUUCUUGGAUUUCUUUUUAACUCACAUGUACCUGCUCACUCUGAUUUAUAGAAAGCUUUAGAAAGUAGAAAGUGUGCUGGUGGUUUCUAAUUUAGUAUUAGAUAUACCACUAAACCUUUAUGGAAUAAUUUAAUUUCAUCGCACAGCAGUAUUUGUGUUGUGUGUGUGUGAGAGAAAGAGUGUGAGAGAGAGAGAGAGAGAGUGUGUGUGUGUGUGUGUGAGAGAGAGAGAGAGAGUGUGAGAGAGAGUGUGUGUGAGUUUCACACAAAGUAGCAGUGCAGACUUCUUUGCACUUUGCACUGUUUUGUUUUAUACAGCCGUAGUGCCAUUGUGUAGCUAGAACUUGUUACAGCAUCCCAGAUUCUCAGGGUAGUUUUGUUCGGAUUUGGUUCAGUUGAAUUUCAGUUCAGACGAUAUUCUGGGUAAAGUCAGUUCCCUGUUUUUGAAAAUGUAAAUGAAUGGUUUAUCAGGGUGUUGUUUUGUUCAUAGUGUUCCUUUGCAUCUUUAUUUUUUGUUCACUGAAAAAGGUGCUUUGUAAAAUUGCCUCUUAAGUUUACAUCCCCCCCCCUUUAUUUGUUAUUAUUUGUGACAUGCAGUAAAUCAACAAUGUCUUUUCUUUUCUGAUUGGACUGCUGCAAAAAAUGUUUGCUUGUAGUAUUUUCAGUUUAUGCAGUUUUUGGAUGACAUAAAAGAGUUUUAAAAAUUA